UGCUGGGAAUUGGCUUGUGAAGUCGACCCCACCCGCAGCUCUCGCGACAGCGACCGCGUCCCCGCAUCGUCGUCUGUUGGCAUCGCUCAGUCCAUUCAACCAACCAUCCAAACCUUGAUCGCUCCAUCGGAGAAACACGAUGACUGAGGUCUCGUCGACCCGCCUCUACCUGGGCAACUUGCCCCGGCAUGCCACAAAAGCCGAUGUUGAGGCUCACUUUGCGACCCAUGGCACCGGCGAGAUCACCGAGAUCAAACUCAUGAAUGGCUUCGGCUUUAUUGAAUAUAAGGAUCCCAUGGAUGCCCGGGACGUUGUCCCAGCUUUCCGUACGUUGAGGCCCGAUCCACUCUGGAAUCCCCGGUCGUCCUGAAACAUCCCCCCCGCUGUCCCUGGCUAAUGGCAUGCACAAGAUGGUUCCGAUUUCAUGGGAGAGCGCCUCACGGUCCAGUUCGCGCGCGGCACUCGCCACCGUGAAGGCAGCGGAUACCCCCAAGAUCGCAGCGCUCCGCCCCGGCCGCGCCGCACCCCGCACCGC